CUCUUACCUUAUCCUAUCUCUAAUACUCUCUCUUUCUCUCUCCUCUCUCUUAUAUUACAUAACCUUCUUCUCUUAUUACUAUCUCUUUCUCUUUCUCUCUCUUCUUUAUCAUAAAUGAAAUGUUCAUAAUAAUCAUUCUUCUCAUAAACACUUCACCAUUUUAUUUCUUUCCCAUUUAGAACUCAGUCCCUUUCCCAUUGGGAGUUGUAGACCAAAAAAAAACCAAUAACUUUUCCAAUAUAUUCACUCUCAGUCUCACUAUGUACUAUAUUCUUCUUCUUUCUUUUCUACCGGAAAAAUAGAUAAGAUUUUCAUUUUUCCUAUAUUGGGUAUUAAUAUUGCUUGGGGAAUUUGCAUAUUUUAAUUAGUUCUCUUGUUGGGAAUUUGAGACUGAAUAUUGAAAUUAUUAUUUGUUUGGAAUAUUGUCUUAUAAUCUUAUUAUAUAGCUAGACUCAACUCUCUCUAUACAUAUAAUUAAAAGAUAAAGAAAGACAGAACCAAAUAGUUUACUACUGCAAUGGCUCCUAAGGCAAGCAAAGCUAAGCCACAUAAAGCUAAAGGAGAUAAGAAGAAGAAAGAAGAGAAAGUUUUGCCAACGGUAAUUGAAAUUUCGGUUGAAACACCAGAAGAGUCACAAGUGACCCUUAAGGGUAUAUCUACGGACAGGAUCUUAGAUGUGAGAAAGCUGUUGGGAGUGCAUGUGGAGACAUGUCAUUUGACCAAUUACUCCUUAUCACAUGAGGUGCGAGGACCCAGACUGAAAGAUUCGGUGGACAUCCUCUCUCUUAAACCAUGCCACCUCACAAUCGUUGAAGAGGAUUAUACGGAAGAGCUUGCGGUGGCUCACAUACGGCGGCUUCUCGAUAUAGUCGCCUGUACCACCUCCUUCGGCUCCUCCUCCUCGAAGCUCGCCGUCCGACCAAGCCCUAAGGAAUCUUCUUCCAACGACACGGAAACCGGUUCAAAUGCUGCUUCUGCUACUACUACUACGAACACUGUCAAUGCCGGCGCCGGCGAGAAGAAUCCGGGAACAACCGCCAUCGCCGGUGGUGUUCAGAAAAGUUCGAGUAAUGAGGCGAAGACUGGAGGAGGAGACUGUGGAGAUCCGGCGGUCUCGAUGUGUCCGCCUCCGAAGCUUGGACAAUUCUAUGAUUUCUUUUCUUUCUCUCACCUCACGCCUCCUCUUCACUAUAUUCGAAGGUCUAAUCGUCCAUUUCAUGAGGAUAAGACAGAAGAUGACUUUUUCAAAAUUGACGUCCGAGUAUGUAAUGGGAAGCCAACGACAAUUGUUGCCUCAAGGAAAGGGUUUUAUCCUUCUGGGAAACGUCUUCUUUUGAGUCACUCUUUGAUUGGUCUUCUUCAGCAAAUCAGCAGGGCAUUUGAAGCUGCAUACAAUGCUUUAAUGAAGGCUUUUACCGAGCACAAUAAGUUUGGCAAUCUUCCUUAUGGUUUCCGAGCAAACACAUGGGUUGUUCCUCCUGUUGUUGCUGAUAAUCCUUCAGUUUUCCCACCGCUUCCUGUGGAGGACGAAAACUGGGGUGGAAAUGGUGGUGGACAGGGAAGAGAUGGAAAACGUGAUCAUAGGCCUUGGGCAAAAGAAUUUGCAGUUUUGGCUGCAAUGCCAUGUAAAACAGCAGAAGAGCGGCAAAUUAGAGAUAGGAAAGCCUUUCUGCUUCACAGCCUAUUUGUUGACAUGUCCGUUCAUCAAGCUGUUGCAGUAAUUAGGAGUGUUAUUGACACUAACCAAGACUCCUUGAAUGAUCCUACCGUCUCCCUUGUCCACGAGGAAAGAUUUGGGGAUGUAAUCAUUAAGGUGACAAGAGAUGUGCCUGAUGCAAGUACCAAGUUGGAUUCUAAAAAUGAUGGAAGUCAGGUUCUUGGAAUGUCACAAGAUGAGCUUGCUCAGAGAAAUUUACUCAAAGGUGUUACAGCAGAUGAAAGUGCAACUGUUCAUGAUACUGCGACUUUAGGUGUUGUAGUUCUUAGACAUUGUGGCUUCACAGCCGUUGUAAAAGUUUCCACUGAGGUAAAUUGGGAGGGAAGUCCUAUUCCUCAGGACAUUGAGAUUGAGGACCAGCCUGAAGGAGGUGCCAAUGCCUUGAACGUCAACAGCCUGAGAAUGCUAUUACACAAGUUUUCUUCACCUCAAAAACUACAGAGUUCAGAUCAUGAAAAUUCAGAGUCUGCUAAGUCGUUGGUACGAAAAGUACUAGAAGAAAGUUUAUCAAGGUUGCAGGAAGAACCCACUAAGCAAAAGAAAUCUAUCAGAUGGGAGUUAGGAGCAUGUUGGGUGCAACAUUUGCAAAAUCAGGCAUCAGGAAAAACAGAGACCAAAAAAACUGAAGAGGCUAAACAUGAGCCGGCGGUUAAAGGUCUUGGGAAGCAAGGUGGACUGCUGAAGGAAAUUAAGAAGAAAAUAGAUGUUAAGAGCGGCAAAACCGAACAGGGGAAAGAAGUCACUGCAGGUAACAACCUUGACAUUAACAAAAAUGCAGAUGCUAAUCAGAAGGAAAUCGAAAAACAAGAUGUGGAAAAAGAAAUGUCAGAAAUAUGGAAAAAUCUGCUUCCUGAAGCUGCAUACUUGCGCCUUAAAGAAUCAUACUUGCGCCUUAAAGAAUCAGAUACUGGGCUUCACCUUAAGUCUCCUGACGAGUUGAUUGAAAUGGCACACACAUACUAUGCUGAUACUGCACUUCCCAAACUGGUGGCAGAUUUUGGCUCACUGGAACUUUCACCAGUUGAUGGAAGAACAUUAACUGAUUUUAUGCACACCCGUGGUCUGCAAAUGUGUUCCCUGGGACGCGUGGUUGAGCUUGCUGAUAAGCUCCCUCACGUGCAAUCACUCUGCAUACAUGAGAUGCUUGUUAGAGCCUACAAACACAUACUACAAGCUGUCAUAGCAGCAGUCGAUAAUAUUGCUGACUUGGCUGCAUCAAUAGCAUCGUGUUUAAAUAUAUUGCUCGGAACACCUUCAACUGAAAAUGUUAAUGCAAAUUCCACAGACGAUGGAAAAUUAAAAUGGAGGUGGGUGGAAACUUUCCUUUCAAAGAGAUUCGGGUGGCAAUGGAAAUGUGAAAAUGGCCAGGACCUAAGGAAGUAUGCUAUUCUUCGUGGAUUGUGCCACAAGGUGGGACUUGAGCUUGUACCAAAAGACUAUGAUAUGGACAGUGCAUCUCCUUUUCAGAAAUCAGACAUCAUAAGCAUGGUACCUGUUUACAAGCAUGUUGCUUGUUCAUCUGCUGAUGGGCGUACACUAUUGGAAUCAUCAAAAACUUCCUUGGACAAAGGCAAACUGGAGGAUGCUGUUAAUUUCGGAACUAAGGCGCUCGCAAAACUUGUGUCGGUGUGUGGACCUUAUCACAGAAUGACAGCAGGAGCAUAUAGUCUUCUGGCUGUGGUACUCUAUCAUACUGGGGACUUCAAUCAGGCUACCAUUUAUCAACAAAAAGCACUGGAUAUCAAUGAGAGAGAACUUGGACUCGAUCAUCCUGACACGAUGAAGAGUUAUGGGGAUCUUGCUGUAUUCUACUAUCGACUUCAACACACAGAAUUGGCUCUGAAGUAUGUCAAUCGUGCACUAUACCUUUUACACUUAACGUGCGGUCCUUCUCAUCCCAACACUGCUGCAACGUACAUAAAUGUAGCUAUGAUGGAAGAAGGUUUGGGGAAUGUGCAUGUUGCUCUAAGAUAUCUCCAUGAAGCUCUGAAGUGUAAUCAGAGACUACUUGGAGCUGACCACAUACAGACUGCUGCCAGCUAUCAUGCCAUAGCCAUUGCGCUCUCUUUGAUGGAAGCGUACUCCUUGAGUGUACAGCAUGAACAGACCACCCUACAAAUUUUGCAGGCAAAGCUUGGGUCUGAGGAUUUACGUACUCAGGAUGCGGCUGCAUGGCUUGAGUAUUUCGAAUCUAAGGCCCUGGAGCAACAAGAAGCUGCACGUAACGGUACUCCAAAGCCAGAUGCUUCCAUCUCUAGCAAAGGUCAUUUAAGUGUGUCAGACCUUCUGGAUUAUAUCACCCCAGAUGCUGAUAUGAAAGCAAGAGAAGCCCAAAAAAGAGCUCGUUCUAAGGUCAAAGGAAAAUUAGGGCAAAAUGAGGAAGCAGUCUCAGAUGAGUAUCCAAAGGAUGAACUUGUGUUGCCUAGUUUUCCAUCUGCCGAACACUCAAGUGAUAAAGAAAACAAAUCUGAAUCAGAAGUUCAGAUUGCAGAGCCUAGUAAUGAGAAACCUGAUUCAAGCCAACCUGAUCAAUCAGUUGUGCUGAGUACAAAUGUUGAUUUAGCAGAGGAUGACAUCUCAGAUGAAGGAUGGCAAGAAGCUGUUCCCAAAGGUCGUUCACUUACAGGUCGCAAGCCUUCUGGUUCAAGGAGGCCAAGUCUCGCAAAACUAAACACUAACUUUAUCAAUCCAUCUCAAACGAGACAUCGAGGAAAACCCAAUAAUUUUGUACCAGCAAAGACGUCCCCAAACGAGCCUAAUGCUUCAACCAGUAACCCUACCAAAAAGUUCAGUAAAAGUGCGAGCUUCAGUCCCAAGUUAGCUAACCCAGCCACACCAGUUAAUGGUGGAGCAGAGAGACCAUCAAACCCAAAAUCAGCCCCAGUUACCCCAGUUACCCCAGCUUCAUUAGAUUCAGUUCCCAAGGCUUCUCCUAGUCCAAGUGUUCAGGCAGCCGGAAAACUUUUUUCCUACAAAGAAGUUGCUUUGGCUCCACCUGGGACAAUUGUUAAGGCUGUGGCAGAACAACUACCGAAAGAUCCCCUUCCCCUCGAAAAUAACUCUCAGGUGAGCCAGGAGAGUGCUGCAACAGAUGCCCCUCUUAGUGAAGUGUCAACUGUAAAGGAUGCAGGUGCAAACAAAGUUCAGAAGCCUGUAGAAGUGAAACAAACAUCGGAUUCUGAGGAGAAAACUAAAAAUCUUGACAGUGAAAAAAAACAUGCUAAGGCUGAAAAAUCUGCUGUAGAUGUAUCCUUCAAGGUUGGGAAGACUCUCAUUGUUGGAGAUGUGGAAGUGGAAACUAAAAAUAUUGAUUUGAAAAACAUUGGAGUUGAAAAGUCUGUUGCUUCUAAAAACUCUAUGGCCAGUAAAAACGAGCAGCCUGAAGCAGCAGGGCAGGAGAAAGAUAUAGAGAAACAGAUCCCCUCUGAUGCAAAUGCAAAAACAGGAGACGCAGAUGAAAAACCUUGCGAUUCACCCAAUAGUGACACAGUUGAUAAUCAAUUGCCAACUGAAGGAGAAAAGCAGGAUGAAACCGAAACUGGGAAGGAGUCAACAAAGAAACUGUCUGCAGCUGCACCUCCAUUCAAUCCAACAACAAUUCCCAUCUUUGGCACUAUCCCAGUUCCUGGAUUCAAAGAGCAUGGAGGAAUUUUGCCCCCUCCUGUAAACAUUCCUCCUAUGCUGACGGUCAAUCCCGUCAGGAGAUCACCUCACCAGUCAGCAACAGCAAGGGUUCCAUAUGGUCCACGGUUGUCUGGUGGCUUCAACCGAGCUGGAAACCGUGUUUCGCGAAACAAAACAACUUACCAUAAUGGUGAACAACACAUUGUUGAUGGAAACCAUUUCAGUCCUCCUAGAAUAAUGAACCCCCAUGCAGCUGAGUUUGUACCAGGCCAACCUUGGGCUCCCAAUGGCUAUCCGGUAUCUCCAAAUGGCUAUAUAACAUCCCCAAAUGGUUAUCCUGUGUCCCCAAAUGGAUAUCCAGCACCAUUAAAUGGUAUUGCGGUAACUCAGAAUGGCUUUCCAAUAUCUCCAGUCAGUCCAGUAGAAUCACCAUGUUUGGUGAAUGUUGACACUAGUGUAGAAAACAAUACUACUGAGGCGGCUACAGCAGAAGAGAGUGCCGAAAAGUCCUCAAUAGAAGGUGGAUGUGAAUCACAGGAAACUGAAGAAAAGCCUGAAGAAGAUGAAUCUGUAGUUAACUUAAACCCUGAUACCAAAACAGAAGAAAAUGAAGCCGAUACAGUUCCUGCUGCUGGGCAUACCGAAACAGUGAAAGAUUCUACUAGUACUAUAGUUAUUGAGGAAAAACCAUCCAAAUGUUGGGGAGAUUACAGUGAUACCGAAGCUGAGGUCAUUGAGGUUGCAAGUUAAAAGAAGUGGAGGGUUCUGAAUUUUUGUUGGAUACAAAGCAAAGCUAAGUUUUUAACAGAUCAAGAACGAGUAGAUGUGAGAUGAUACUACUGAUGAUGCAAUAAAGCGAUGGUGAGUUAUUGAACGAUGUCGUCUGAUGCUUGUGGCGACUUCGAGCCUGUGCAAUGUGAAUACAUUCUGAUACAGGUUAGCUUUGUUGGAGAACCGAACGGGAAUUGUUAAAAUUAGAUGCUACCGAAUAGUAUUUGAAAGCGGAAGAUUUGUUCAUACCAUGACUAAAGAAAGAUCCUUUGAAGUGGUUAUUUGGUGACAACAUUUUCUAAUUAUGUCUUCUUAUUUGUUAUUUUUUUGUACUUGUUCCUGAUAUAAUUUGUUUUUAUUAAACUGAGAACCCAAAAUAACCUUUUUUGAGGUUUAGUGCUUUCCAUAUCAAACUCUUAGAAGAUGUUGUUGACUGCUUGGAAGGUCUCCUCUCCUACUGCAAUAAAGUUUCAAUUUUCUUUCUCAAGUAGUAAUAAA